AUGGAUUCAAACACAGGAGAGCCAGCUCCAGGUCUUAAGCGGUCCAUAUGGGCACAAGAGUGCCGUAGCACCUCCCCUCAGAAACAGGACGUUGGUGACCAGUCAACUUCUAACAGAAGUGACAAACAAUACGUCCAAUCUGAUUCCAAAGCCAUGCAACAACCUCAAUAUAACACACCGAGCCCUCUCUGGGUCCCUGACAUAAUCGGAGGACAGAAUCCAAAUCAACCGGCGUACGGUGGAGCAAUCACGAUUGGGCAAGCCGCGAACAAAUAUUGGGAUGGAGAACCGAAUCUGAACCAACAGGCGUACGGCGGUACAAUAGUGACCAAGGAAAACUUCAACGCGCAAUGGCAUGGACAACAGGAGAUCGCCUCGCCUCACUUUCAUACCCAACCUAUAGCUCAGGCUCCCCACCUCCAACUCAAACGCACUCCUCCUCCUCAGGUCGCCUAUGCCCACUCCCAGUACUCGCCAGCCGCUCAGAAUCUGCCUCAACAGAUUCAAUACAUGUCGCCAGCUCGACUCCCACAAUAUCAGAAUCAGUACCUAAUUGAUCGCCAGAACGGAAAUCGCAAGGAUAAUACUGGCAUGUAUGAUCAAUCCACCAAUUACAACGAAGCUCCACACAUGCGCCACGGCCAAACCUUCGCUCUACAGUCAUCCGAAACCAACUAUGGCUUACCGGCACCAAAUGGUGGGUAUGGCAUGGCUAUUCAGACGCCUACUACCCAGUCUAAUCAAUAUGGCAAAAACGUGGUCUCGCGAGCCCCUGGCCCUAGAGCUGCCGCUCCACACAUCGGCAAUGGUCAGAGCAAUAACCAUGGAGGUCAAAUUGGAGGACAGGGAAAAUCAAGAUUUGAAAAACCUCUCAUUCCUGAACCAGAUAUUGAGUUCUGGCGCAACAUGGGCGCAUAUACCCUGCAGCUGGUAGAAGUAAGAAAGGAUUGCUCCGAAUGUGUAAGAGCAGGCAAGGCCAUCUCCUGUUGCAAAGGAUAUGUCAAGAACACAUUGUUUGGCCGAGCAGCCUCGCCAGAAUACGUGCAGAUCUGUGAAAUGGCCUUGCGGAAGCGUAUCGCUUUCGAAAAUAACGACGAGUUCACCCUCUGCGAGCAUUGUCCUAUAACUUUCAUCCAACGCAACCAAGCUCGGUACAUUGAAAAACUCACCAGAUCCUGCUACGGCAAAGGGCGUUACCGAUAUGAGGCUCCUGAGCAAUCGCAAAUCGGAGCUAUUGAUUUGCAGAAGGCAUCUGAUACCGAACCGAUUGUGCAGGAACUCCCAAAACAAUUCCAGGUGCGGGAGGCUCCCGAACAAUCGCAAAUUGGAGCUGUUGAUUUGCAGAAGGCAUCUGAUACCGAACCGAUUGUGCAAGAACUCCCAAAACAAUCCCAGGUGCAAGAUGUUGACUUGAGGAAGAAGCCCGCACUUGAAUCCGUUGCUCCAGAACCUACUGGACAAUUUCAAAUAGAACCUGUUGGUCUUCAGAAGGAAAUCAAAGUCGAACCUAUGGUUCAAGAAUCCCCGGAACCGUUGCAAACAACAGUGCAUCAGAAUUUGCACGGAUAUCCUGGAACGAUGAAACAGGAGGAUAUUCCAAUUGUGAAACAAGAAAAUGGAGUAACGGCGGAGAACCAUGCUCGAGUUGAUAGACAACGCAGCUCCAAAGGUUUGUCAUUCUGGUCUGGAGCACUCGUAGCAUUUCUCGCCCUGCUCUCCGCUUUCGGUGGCAUUACGAUCUUGGCCACGAUCUUGAGCGCAGAUCCGCUGCCUCACCAAGCCACAAUUGCUCAUGAUCCCUGGUCUCUGCCGGAAAAUCAAGGCCUUGACACCACCCAAUGCGAAUGGGACUACACUCCCCCUCCUCCCCCUCCAUCUGUCAUCAUACCUCCAGCCCCCUCCGCCACAAAACACGCCACAUCAACCAAGACUGCUGAUGCUCCCCCGCCAUCUGGGACCGAGGACGAGCAGACUGGUACCGCCCCGCCUCCUACCCCACCUGAUUCGGAACUCUCGAAGGCCAUUUUUGACUUUAUGUUCGAGAGUUUCAAUACCCCAACAAAAAUCGGCAUAUAUCUUGUUGGUAGCGCAGCUACAGGGGCUCUAAUCCAUUACGGACCCGGCCUAUGGGCACAAAUGAGAGCAAAUUAGAGAAGAGAACAGAACGGACAAAUUAGCAGUCUGGUGGGAGACUGACUCUCGAGAAUAUUGGGGAGUUUUAUGAGAAUACUGGGGAUGUGACAAGAAUUAUGCUGCGAGAUUACUGGAGCAUCAAGGACAGCGAUGAAGAGUGGAUUAUUUUCCUUUUCAGCCUUUGUACGGUUCUUUUUCACAGACUUUGUGCUUAUAUUGUCUAUUUUUCUUUUCUUUGAUUGUUUGCUAGCUGUGGCUGUGUUGCGAGCCCAGGUGGGAGGAAGCGAAUGGGUCUUUGGUAUGGCCAAGAUUGUCAGUUAUUUCUUUUCUUUGAUUGUUGCCUGUGGCUGUGUUGCGAGCCCAGGGGCGAGGAAACAGGGAGAUAGAGAAAAGACUAUCUUAGUUUAGAUAAUGAUAUUCGGC